AACAAAAUCUUUUCCUACAAAAAGCUAGAUUGUCUAACUAUAUCUAAAGGAUGGUACCGUGGAAACUGGGUUUGUGAAAGACGUCAACUUCAACUCAAGUGAAAAAAAAAAAGGGAGAAAAUGUCAGCAUUAUGACAAUGAAACGUCAAUGGAUGUACCUAAGAAUUAUAGGGGUCAUUUUGAUUGGAUUAUCGGCAUGGGCAUUUUCAGCUAUUCGUCCUCCACCUCCUAAAGUCUGUGGUUCUGUUGGGGGUCCGCCGAUAACUGCACCGAGAAUAAAACUUAGAGAUGGAAGGCAUUUGGCUUAUAAGGAGCAUGGUGUCCCAAGAACAGUUGCCAAGUACAAGAUCAUAUACAUCCAUGGCUUUUCUAAUAGCAGACAUGAUGCAGCAGUUGGAAUUUUUCCUUCUCCAGGCUUCCUUGAGGAACUCGGAGUUUAUGUUGUCUCUUUUGAUAGACCUGGAUAUGGAGAAAGUGACCCACAUCGAAAGCGAACGGUAAAGAGUUUAGCAUUGGAUGUUGAAGAACUUGGUGAUCAACUGGGACUAGGUCCUAAGUUUUAUGUAAUUGGCUUGUCAAUGGGUGGCCAAGCCGUCUGGGGUUGUCUUAAGUAUAUCCCACAUAGAUUGGCAGGAGCAUCUCUACUUUGUCCAGUUAUCAACUAUUGGUGGCCUAGUUUUCCUGCAAACUUAUCCAAGGAAGGUUUUUCCAGCCAACUACCAGAGGAUCAGUGGACACAACGUGUUGCUCAUCAUCUUCCAUGGCUAACUUAUUGGUGGAACACUCAGAAACUCUUUCCUGCCUUGAGCAUUUUAUCCGGUAGGCAUGAGAUCCUUUCCAGUCAAGAUCUUGAAAUCAUUCGCUCUUCUCAAAGGCCAGUGGAUCAGGAAUAUGUGAAACAACAAGGAGAAUUUGAAUCCUUCCACCUUGACCUGAUGGUCGGAUUUGGGAAAUGGGAAUUCGAUCCAAUGCUUCUUGAAAACAUAUUUCUUAAGAAUGAAGGAUCUGUUCAUCUAUGGCACGGCGACGACGACAAACUCGUGCCUGUUAAGCUACAACGUUAUAUCGCUCAAAAACUUCCUUGGAUUCAUUACCAUGAGUUACCUGGUGCAGGCCAUUUGUUUGCAUUCACAAGGAAAAUGAGUGAAGAAAUUCUGAGGUCUAUGCUUUUGCAAUGAAAUGAAAAAGCAACUUUUAAUUGUCGUGUCGUAUUCGGUAUUUUCUUUAAGCUACAGCUCUUUUGAUACGUAAACUUUAGAAUAUGCUUUUAUGCACUUUUUUCUCUAUGGUAUUUAUGUUCGAAUGUAGAAACAAAACAGGUUGAUUUAUAUUAUUAUUAUUAUUAUUA